AUGAGCGAUAACAUUGACACUGGUGGUGUGGUUGCUGCACAGCCACAGCUCUGUCCGCUCCUGUGUAACUGGGCCAAGGGAGAGUGCCUCGCUUUUCUUGAGGGGUACAUCUCUGACUACAAGGAGGGAUUGCUUAGCAAAAAAAAGUCUGCUUCUAUUCUCGACACCAUCGUAAACCAAUGGUUCACCCACUUCCAUUGGUCCAUUCCACUUUCUGCCAAUGAUAAUGCAACUGCCACUGUCUUCGCUCUCGACAGCCAAGGCCAUGAAAUCUUGGGUUCAGCCGACUCGAUUCUCAAGGGCCAAGUAAUCGAACGGGCGCAUACUUCUCUCUACCAUUGGUACGAAUACCGCUGCAAACGUACGACCACGCUGCUCCCUCGUCCAUCCAAAGGGAAGAAGGAUAACCUGACCCUCCUCAUGGAGAAAUUUCUCGGGCGAAGUGCCUUGUCGUCUAGGCGUAGCGCAGGCUGGGAGGUAUGGGGAAAGGAACAUUUCCCAUCAAUGAAGGCAGACUUUGAGGCGGACUUCGCUGCAAGCGGUAAACCCAAAUCAGUUGUUUACAACGAGCUGCCCAAUCUGUUUGGAACGUUAAUCCAUGUCAUCGGCAAGGCAGUUGGUGCGGGAACCUCUUCAGGGAUUGCGUAUGAUGACGCGGUCCGUGUAUCUAUCAACGAAGCGAUCCUGGCGAGCUGUAGUGUAUGGAUAGGUUUGCGUUAUGGUGUGAGACCCUUGUUCGAGUAUCUAGGAGUUAAUCAAGGUCAAUCUCUUUACACGAGUUGCUACUUGCUCUGGAAUGCCACGAGCGUAGACGAACUCUCCCUUCUCGGAAUGCCGCAGAAAGGUGUUAGGAGAUUUCCCUCGGGAAAGAUGUGCAAACACAAUCAUCAUGAGGACGAUGCUCAAGUAGCGUUGGAUAGGAAAUAUCUUGGUAUGCAUAUCACAGUCCUGAUCGGUGGUCCUGAACCAAAAAGAAAGGGGCAGCUGAACAUGGUUGGGUUCAGUAUUCAUGCCAGCAAAAACAAAGCCCCCAUCCCAAAAGUGUGGGCACAUGCCGAGAAAGAGAAAUUUGCCACAGUCUCAGAAGUGUUCCUGAGUUUUCUGUUGACCUGUUACACUGCCGACGAGCAGUGCGCGCGUGCAUUGCCUCAACCAGGAACCGACGCCACUCCUAUGCAUGCUGGCCCAUCCUCCUCGACCCCUGGGCCAGACCCCUCCACUGAAAACUCAACCAAGCCCUCUAAUUCCUCGGGGUUAGCAGACAGUGGACGCAAGCAGAAGAGAAGCGCAGAAACGAACUUGAAGAAGGUCCAGAAGAGUCGGCUCAAAGCCAAGAAAGGUAGUAUUGCAAAGAAGAAGCCAACUAAAUGCUGCAAAACAACAGCCGACACUGAGGCAUCAGCGACUGAUCCUGCUUUGGAGGAUUCGGAUCCAGAGCACUCAGGGGAGGAUGAUGACGAUGACGAAGAUGAAGACAAGGACGAGGGGGAUGAGGAUGAGGACGAGGAUGAGGAUGAGGACGAAGAUCAGGACGAGGAUGAAGAUGAGGAUGAAGACGAGCCACAGACAAUGACCUGCAAAAGCACCAGGAACACAAGCAUGGAUCCGAGGUGUUGGAAGGGUGCCAAAGCUGACGUUGAUACCAUCAAGAUCAACAUCAGCACUGCCUUCCCAUCUCCAUCGAACACUUCUGCAUUGCCAUCUCCGCCGACUGCUCAUUCCUUGCCGCCCCCCCCAGUGGAUCCCCUCAUUAUCCUGCCUCGCGCUCCUUCCGUGCCUGGCGGCUUGCUAUUGGCAACUUCCCCUCCACCAGCUCCUUUGUCUAACGACAGCCCAACAUCUGUCUCUGGUGCACAAGCAGAUGCUUCUUGGCCUUCGUGGUUCAAAGAUGCCCACCAACUCCUUUCCAGCCAGAAUUUGGGCCCAGAUUUUACGUUGCUUAUUGAUCAGCUGACAAAGUUUGAGAAACUCACCGACUUCGCACCAGAGGUCCAUUAUUGGAUUUCCCAAGGAUGCACGACACAGCCCAAGAUUACAAACCUCGCAGAUUUCGAAGAGAAUUGGUGGAAAUGGUGGAAGGGUUUACAACCACCAUGGAGGGCCAUGUCUGAGGUGGAAGGCUCGCUUGACCACACUCAUCACCCAGUCUUGACAGGUGGCCGCUAUUGGUCGGCAAUCGACAAACACGGUCACAACGCAUUUUUCUCCAUCAUGGCAACUCUCUUGUGGUGGGGUACAGCAUUGUCAAAGCCACCAACUGAAGAUUCCAGCUGGUUGGCUGCCGUUGAAGAUGUCCAAUGGGUGCUUGACAGGCUAUUGGAUGUCAACUCGCCGCCGGCUCCAACUUCGAAGCCAUCAAGGUCACAUCGACACUAA